CCCGUGGUAAAGGCGUACACAGACUCAAAGCUGUGGGAGGCGUACCUGUUAACACGCGGUCUGAGCGACACUGCCCGCAGCCAGAGGGAACUGAAUGCUAAAGAGAAAGAAGAGGAAGGCAUGAAAAAGUUUUUUCGCCCGUACUCGUGGAGGCCGCAGAAACUGCUAUUCAAUGUCGGUGUUAGAGGGCGUGGUAAGGGAGAAUUCAGUUACCCACGAGGCCUGACUAUCACGGACGAUCGCGACAUCGUCAUUGCCGACACCAUGAAUCACCGCAUACAGAUCUUCAACAACUUUGGUGUGUUUAAAUCUUCUUUUCGCAGUCUGGGCAGCGGAGAAGGUCAAUUUAACGAGCCAACGGGAGUGUCCGUAUUCCCCAACCAAACCAUCGCUGUCGCCGAUAAAAAGAACAAGCGAAUUCAGGUAUUGACACUCGAAGGUCGAUUUAAGUAUUCAUUUCCAACUGUGGAUGAACCAUAUAGCGUUGCCUGUGAUAUAUAUUAUAACACCGUGGUCGGCACUGCCUCCAGAACUGUUGAAGUGUACAGGCGUGGUGGCAAGCUCUUGAGUAGAUUCGAAGUUGGUGGGAAACCGCCUAAAACAUCCAUGUCGGGCUCCCCCAUUCACGUAGCCGUAAAUAAUAAAAACGAGGUGGUUCUGUGCGACUCGGUCAAUUGUCGCGUAAGGACAUACAGCUACGCUGGAGAUCUCCUCUACCAGUUCCGCACAGAAGCUAACGGCGACGGGCUUGCGGCUGUUCCAGCUGGAGUUUGUCUGAACCCGCUCGGGCAGAUUCUUAUUGCAGACAGGUUGAACCACACCGUAAAUGUGUAUUCUGAAAGAGGCCAAUUACUUCUCCAAAUUGUGGGGCCACCGGAUUUAACAGGGUCUGUUCAGACGUGCGCCAUCGGCCCGGAGGGACAUUUAGUUGUCACCGAGUACAGCACCAACGGAGACCACUGUUUUAAAAUAUUCCGCUACCGUGACUGUGAGUGCCACCGCUACCGGCCCGGCUCCAGCAGGAGAUCUACGCCCACACCAAAAUGGUGAACGCACGUUAGUUGAUCCGCAAAUGGGUGAUUAAUUGAAAAGACGAAGGAAGUACAAAAUAGAUGACAACGAAAUUUAAUAUCGAACCAACGAUUUUCAGAAGUGGACUGGGGAUGAAAAUUUACUACUUUCGUUUAUUCGACUUUUUUUCGACAAAAGAUGAUCAAGGACUUACAUGUAGGUAGAGGGUUUACCUACUGAUUUGAUGCGGAUGGACAAUCGCGCGCAACACUUUUUUUACCUUCACAUCUCUAAUGGCUUCACGGUUAUUCAGAGUGCCAUAAUGAUAUUUUAUUUCUUUUAAUUUUUACACAGUAGCGCUGAUAAUCAUUCCACGCUUAUUAAGUUGAUUUUUUAUUAUUAUGUCUGGGAAAACUUACUGAAAGCAAUGCAACAUUCCAUUCCAAAUUAGUGUUAACUUUGAAUUGAGGAGGCUGGAUGUCGUUGAUAUUUGUUGCCAGUAACUCACGUCUUGUUAUGUUUUUGCU